AAAAUUAUUUCCUAAAAUAAAAACCCUAAUUUCUACAAAACCCUAAAAUCUCUCUCAAUUCAUCUUCACUAUUUCUCAUCAAUUUUCCCCAAUUUUCCCAAAUUCGAGUCUCAUCUUGAGAUUUACAGCAACAAAGACUCAAGAAGAAGAAGAAAAGGAAGAUGUUUUACUCUCAGACGUUUUUGGCGCGAAAAGGACGGCUCUCAACUGUUUGGAUUGCUGCUCAUCUUCAACACAGACUCAAGAAAUCUCAAUGCACGUCCACUGAUAUCCCUUCCACCGUUCAACAUAUAAUGGAUCCUGGGGUUCCCAUUGCAUUGAGAAUGUCAGCUCACCUACUCUUAGGUGUUGUUCGUAUUUAUUCGAAGAAGGUUGAUUAUCUUCUCAAUGAUUGCAAUAUUGUUCGUACUGUUUUAUACAAAGUAUUUGCUGCCGUGUCAAAUCAUACAUUACCCGAGGACGGGAUGCAAGCACCUGUUCAUACUAUCACCAUGCCAUCCACUUUUGAGCUUGAUGCGCUUAGCUUGAGCAAUGAAAUGGAUGUUAAUGGGUACGAGGAUCAUCACAUGAAGAGUGUAGAAGAUAUUACUCUUCCAGAUCAAAAUCCUACUGUACAGGAGAAUUAUGUGACUAUACGUUUCGACGAGGACGCAACAUUUAGUUCUCCCAACACACAACCGCUUCCGGAUUCUGAUGCAAGACCAAUAGUGGAAGACUUUAUUCCCCAAUCUCCAGGGACAAACGGAGCAGAUUUUCAAGAUGCUGGUCCAAGAUCCCAUUCAGAGUCACAUGCUACCGAUCAUAGUGGUGAUGGUAACGUACCCAUUACAGAAGAGGCAAUACCAGUGGAGAAUAUCCGUGAUGCCAUUACAGAACAUGUUACCGAUCAUGAUUAUGAUGCUAUUGGAAAUCUACAAAACUCUGGGCUUAAUGAUACCGAACUCAAUAAGGAUCUCAACCAAAAUAUGAAUGAAAAGGAUCCGAUUCCUGAAAUGAUUGAUGAGACCCGCGCUGAACCCUCAUCAAUUCGACCUGCUGGUCCAUCAACUCCAAUUACAUCUCAUGAUGGUGCCUCAGAUGCACAAGUUUAUGGAGGCCAAAAUUCGGAACCAACUUUAGCGCAAGUUAUUCCUAGCGCUCAACCUGAGCAGGUACAGGAUCAGAGGCAACAAAGAGGAAGGAAGAGAAAACAAUUCUUCGAUGAUCCCAUAGUGUUAACCAAUAGAUUCAUGAGGGAAAACCUUAAUAAUACUCGCAAUAUACUGCGGAAGAGAAAAGACGGUGCUUCCUCUCCUCGGGAUACAUGGAAGCUGAAAAACAAACGAUUAAAAGAGAAUUUUUUUGACCAACCUUUAUUUACAGGAGUAUGCAACGAACUUCUAAACAUUCACAACAGGGAAUAUAUAAGUUCAAAACCCCACUUGGUCAUCUCUGAGGAAGAUCAUAUGGAUAGUACUACUAGUACUCCUCCAAUUAAUCAAAUUGUCGACGAGCCAAUGACGGAUGCUCAUGAGAUUAUUGAUAAUGCACCUGAGAUUAUUGAUAAUGUGACAAUAACUGUGGAGGAAACUGAAAACGUCCGUUCCGUUGCUAAUCCUCCUCCUACUACCCCAACUCAGAAUAUGGACACUGAACUCAUUAUUGAAGGUACUAACAAGAGUCCUGUUAAAGGAAAUGGUGCAACACCUACUUCAAUUUCUGAGGCAUCGGAGAGGCCAUAUGGUGCGACUUCACCUCGUGCUCAUAUAUCCGAAAUUGGAUCCCCUAGCACUUGUCAAGAUACCACAAUUCCGAACUAUGACAUGUCAGACUUUCCAGAUACAAAUAUACUCAACGAUUCUGCUGAAAAAGGAGAGUUUUGGUUUCUUGAAGAAGACAACAACAACACACCCGCCACUACCAGUUCACAAAGCACAAGCACAACAAGUAUUGGCUCAUUAACUGGAAGGGCUAGGGGUCUAGCUAAAUAUUUGCAAGAUUAUUCUCCAUGUACUCCAAUUCCGGAGCAGCCUGCUGAAGAUUUUAGCUUGAACAAGAUGUUGGAAGGGAAAACCAGAAAGAUUGCUGCUCGGAUGUUCUUCGAAGUUUUGGUGUUGAAGACUCAUGAUCUUAUUGAUGUAAACCAAGAGGAGCCUUAUGGUGAUGUCAGCUUCAAAUUGACCCCAACACUUUCAAAUGCUAAAAUUUGAUAUUUUUUCUGUUAUCUAUUGUGCAAUAUCUGUGUAUUUAUGGCCUUUUGAGACUCUGAUAGUAGAAGGAAAAACUAGUUUUGGUUUGAAAUAAUGACAAGUAUAUAUUUUUCUUAA